ACUAUUUUUCGGUUUGGGAAGUCGAAAUUGACACCCCAAACCUUUCUGUAUGAAAAUUCACGAUACCAUUUUUUUUUGCUUUACGAACGCUACUGACUAAAAGUCUAAAACAACUGUCUGCACAUCAAAUGCGAAGAUCUGUGUCGGAGACACACACAGCUCUCGCUCUUCUGACAGACGCUGUCUUCGCCAGAAACAGCCAUGCCGGUCCAUCUCUCCAUCGAAAAUCGCCCUCUUCUACCUCAUGGACCUCCGCUAAGCCUGGUGCCGCCGCACUGGUUCAUUUGCUCCGCGUCUCUGGCGACCAUGGCUACGUUUCUCUCUGCCGACAGCUUCAUGGCUACCUAACGAAGCACGGGUUUGCUUCAGACACCACUGUCUCCAACUCGUUGGUUAGAUGCUACAAAAAAACCGACUCCCUAGGUGACGCGCACAAGCUGUUCUACGAAAUUCCUGACCCAAAUGUUAUUUCCUGGAACUCGAUCAUCUCCGGAUGCGUUCAAUCGGGGAGAUUUGAGGAAGGCAUCGGCUUGUUUCUCGAGCUGGAGAGAUCCGACGUUUUCCCCAACGCUUUCUCUUUUACAGUCGCUUUGGCUGCUUGUGCUCGACUGCGUCUGCUUCGAUUCGGCUCUUCCAUCCAUUCCAAGAUGGUGAAAGUCGGCAUAGAAAAAGGAAAUGUAGCGGGCAAUUGCUUGAUUGAUAUGUAUGGAAAAUGCGGCUCUCUGGAAGAUGCGGUCUUGGUUUUCAGAGAUAUGGAAGAGAGAGACACUGUUUCAUGGAACACCAUUGUUGCUUCAUGCGCCAGAAACGAGGAGCUCGAGCUCGGGCUUUUCUUUUUCCGGCAGAUGCCAAACCCUGACACCAUAACCUACAACGAGCUCAUCGACGCUUUUGUCAAGUAUGGUGACAUGAACAUGGCGAUUCAUAUCCUAUCAAGUAUGCCAAAUCCAAACACGUCCUCGUGGAACUCCAUCUUAACAGGCUACGUCAACAGAAACCAGUGGCGGGAAGCGCUCGAGCUUUUCACCACAAUGCAUUCCGAAGGGGUUGAAAUGGACGAGUAUGCAAUCUCAGCCAUUUUAGCAGCCAUCGCUGCUCUGUCAGUUGUUUCAUGGGGAAGUCUGAUCCAUUCGUGUGCUCUGAAGCGUGGAUUAGACUCUCUGGUCGUCAUCGCAGCUGCUGUCAUAGACAUGUAUUCCAAAUGCGGGCAGUUAAAAAAUGCCGAGCUGAUGUUUCGCACAAUGCCCAGGAAGAAUCUGAUUGCUUGGAACACGAUGAUCUCUGGGUACGCCCGAAAUGGCAAUGCAUCAGAGGCCAUUAAACUCUUCCAUCAUAUGAGACAGGAAAAAUUCCUAAAACCUGAUGGGAUAACAUUCCUGAAUCUCCUGGCAGCAUGCUCACAUUGUGAGGUACCAAUUCAGGAGAUGAUCCAGUACUUUGAAUCAAUGGCCAACGAUUAUGGGAUCAAACCAGGUGUAGAACAUAUUUGCUCGGUGAUCAGAGCUAUGGGGCAACGAGGAGAAGUGUGGAGGGCAAAGCAAGUAAUACAAGAAUUUGGUUUCGGGCUCAAUGGUGUGGCUUGGAGGGCAUUGCUUGGAGCCUGUGGAGCUUGUAGGGAUUUGAAGGCUGCAAGGAUGGUCACAUCAAAGUUGAUCCAACUAGGGGAAGCUGAUGAGGAUGAAUAUGUUUAUGUUGUGAUGUCAAAUCUGUAUGCUUACAGUGGGAAAUGGAGAGAUGUGAUUCUAAUUAGGAAGAUGAUGAGAGACAAAGGGGUGAGGAAAGAACCUGGUUCUAGCUGGAUUGAGGAGGGUAAUGUAUUCAUGUAAUCAACCAGAGAAACACCUAAUAAUACAAGACAUAAACUUAAUCACA